AUGGCAUUUCUUGAUCCCAUCAAUUCAUCCAACUUGGAUCUCUCCAUUUCCAUGCCUGGAGUUUGUGCAGUGAGAGAAUUGGACAUGAACCGAGUACCCGCGGAGGGAGAAGCGGAAGCAGAUUGGGCGAGGGGGCAGAGCGUGGAGGAGGAGGGGGAAGAAGAAAGCUCCAUUAAUAAUAAUAAUGGAGGUACUCAACCAAGGAAGAAGCUUCGUCUGUCGAAAGAUCAGUCUCGCCUUCUUGAAGAAAGCUUUAGGCUCAAUCAUACAUUAAACCCUAAGCAAAAGGAAGGUUUGGCUAUGGAGUUGAAGCUGAAGCCAAGACAAGUUGAAGUUUGGUUUCAGAAUCGUAGGGCCAGGAGCAAACUGAAGCAAACCGAGUUGGAAUGCGAAUAUAUGAAGAGAUGUUUUGGAUCAUUAACGGAGCAAAAUCGUCGGUUGCAGUGGGAACUAGAGGAGCUAAGAGCCAUCAAGGUUGCUCCGCCUGCUGUUGUCUCACGACACAACCGAUCACAGCCGCCCCUUUCGAGGUCUACUAUAACCAUAUGUCCCCGGUGCGAACGUAUAACAUCCAAUAAGAACACUGUUGCAGAGAACGCCACCACUACUGCGACCGCGAUGCAGUCAGAGGUGGUUUUGUCCGCCCUCAAAUUGCGGCAGCCGUCGCGAGCUUGUUGAUAAGGCUAGAAAUGAACAAAUGAUUAUAACAAUAAAGCUAAUAACUUAAGGUUAGAAAAUGACCGAAGGC